AGCCUCACCUGGUGCGGGAAGGCUGCCCAGCGGGGACAGGCUCAUUGACAACGCUUUCCCAAAAAAGACCUGCCCUAUCACUUAAAUGCUUCCCUUAAGCGGAGAGGCUGGCACGGGGACCUUGCCCGGGAAGGGAGUCCAGGAUGGCUAGACGGAAGGUUUCCACCCACAGACCAGGCUCCAUCCAGUAGGCAGCAGGGGCCCUAGCCGGGGCGCGCAUCCACGGUGCAGGUCACUGGCACCCGGGAGGCCGGGAGAGCAUCCGAGGGCCAGCAGGGAAAGCAGCAGCCAUCCAUGCCGACCGUGUAUGAGGCUGGGAAGCAGUACACAGGACCCGAGUCCACCGAGAGACCCCGUCCGAUGUCCCGGCAUGAGACGUCUCCGACAACGGUGCAACCGGCCGGCCACCAUCGCCCCAACGCCUGCUGCUUCUGCUGGUGCUGCUGCUGCAGCUGCUCAUGGAACGAAGACCGGGAGCGAGCCUGGAGGGCAUCUCGCGGCACCAAACUGGAGACCAUACCCAACUGUGAAGCUUGCACCAAACCGACUCCCGAGGAGGUCCGGGGCUGGUCCCAGUCGUUCGACAAGCUGAUGAAGAACCCGGCCGGCCGGAACGUGUUCCGGGAAUUCUUACGGACUGAGUACAGCGAGGAAAACAUGCUCUUUUGGUUAGCAUGCGAGGAACUCAAAAACGAGUGCAACAAGCACACCAUCGACGAGAAGGCCCGGAUGAUCUACGAGGACUACAUCUCCAUCCUCUCCCCCAAGGAGGUGAGCCUGGACUCCCGGGUGCGCGAGGUCAUCAACAGGAAGAUGCAGGAGCCCUCGUCACACACCUUCGACGACGCGCAGCUGCAGAUCUACACGCUCAUGCACAGAGACUCCUACCCCCGCUUCCUGAACUCUGCCAUAUACAAAUCGCUGCUCCAGAGCGUCUCCCGGUCGUCCUCAGAGUCCUAAGGCCCCCGCGUCCCCCGUCCCCGACGCCAGCGGCCCGUGGAAGCCCCACAAACAAUUUCUUUUGUAUGCCGGUGGACCGGGCGGUGGGGGGUCCGUCUCUCUUCCCCCACGCUGUAGGGAAGCCUUGGGGGCCAGGAGGGCUGCAGCCCCCUCGCCCUUGUUCCUCGCUCUCACCGUCCACCUCCAGUUUUUAGCUUUAGCUACGACCAUCACCCUGGUUUCCUGACCACUAGGAUAUAUCAUACCCCUGCCCCCUUCCACGUCCCCUCCAUCUUCUCCCUCCCAUCCCGUCCUCGGUGACCUUCCUGGCGUUGCCUCUUCGAACCGGGGCAGCGCCGUCGUGGGAUCGUCCGACUCAGGCCUCGCUUUUACUACUGAAUCCCGGUCGUCGUCUGGAGCAGGCACGAGGGCGUGGGCGGGAGGUGGCCACGGGAGAGGAGACUCGAGGGGCUGAAGUCAGGCCUGGCCUCUCCCCCGCCCACCCCAAAUCCCCACUCCUAGGUCUGAAGAGGUCACUUUAUCGCACUCCUCACCGGCUGGUCCCCAUCUCCCCCCGUCUCCCCUUCGAGAUGUGUUGCUUUUCUUUUUUUUUUUUUUUUUCCCUAGUUUUUUUUUUUUACAUUUGAUUUUCAACGCUUCGUAGUCAACUUUCAUUGCGGGACGCGGCGGGGCACGUGCCACCAGCAUCGGGUGGCGGCACCGUGCUCCGUGGCAGGAGCUGCGUCCUGUUCAGGGCGGGCGAGGCGUGAAGGACCCAUCUCCCCCCUCCAACAUGUAACCUCCCACCCCCUGAUCACAGCCCUUCUGCGUGAGCUUCCCAGUCCGACGGUCAAACCAGAGCUGCUCGCUUCCCAGCCGGAGCUGCCUUGCACUGAUGGGGAGAAAGGAACUGCACUGUGAUACCGGAGGGCUCCCAUUCCCCUCCCGUUUUCCAUGCCUGGAAGAUGGUCUCAUGGGGAUGGACCCCACUGCACCCCAGGCUCCGAGCCGAUGGAGGGUGGUCCCCUGCCUGGCUGGGAGGAGAUGCCCUGGGAGAGGGCUGGGAAUUUCCCCGAUGGACCUUUUUUUCCCCUCUACAAUUUAGAUGAGAAACCCAAAGUUUCCCACCAGCUGGGCUGUUCAGCUCAUGCAGGUGCCUGGCUUCUUAGCGUGUCCCCAAGCAGGGGGCCAAAGUUUCAGGUGGUGCAGGGAAGCCUUAAAAAACCAGCAAAGAGAAAACUGGGGAAUCCUGUUCUGGGGGAAAUCCUGGUUUGGGAUGUUGGGUUCGUGGCAGACCCAGACGCCUGCAUUGCGUCCGGCUGUGCUUGUAAUACAGCAGCAAAAAACUACGUCUCAUGGGAGGGCUGUGGGAAGCCCAGCUCAAGCAAACAUGGAGCAAAAGGGGGAAAAGGCUGGGCAGCGGGGAGCCGAGGCAGCAGGUCGAGCGGGGGGAGCAGACCUGGCAGCACCCUUCUGUGAUUGGGGGUUGAGGGCAAAACAGAAGCCAAAGAAACCCCUGAGCCCCUCUAUAGGAUGUGGAGACGGGGCCUGGACCCUGAUUAAAUCCAGGGCAGAGGCUUUGGAGGGCAAAAAUGAGCAGCAGAGAGACCGUCCGUGCCACCUUUCCUGCCACCAUCCCCAGCAGCCAGGGGUCUGCGCUGGCAGGACCACCGUGGUUUGCUUAUUGCUCUCAUUGCUCAUGGAAGCGGUGGUUGGAAGACAAGCUGGUGCACUGCCUUCCUCACCAGCCCCUGCCUUUCCAUCGGAAGGAAAAUCCCACGCGGGGUGGCUUGGUACUCACGCCCAAAGUCCACAAAGGCCUUGGCGAAGUGUCGUGAUUGCUAAGCAUGUCCCCAUCCCGAUUCAAACCCAGACUCAUCCUCCCCUACCCGCCUUCGCGCAGAGCCCGCAUCAGGAACGGGGAGAUGUGUCGUUGUGCUACCCCAGCUGGGCUUGGAGCGGAGACGGCCGUAAGGAGCAGGACGGGCACCACUUCCAAACCGAUAGCAACCCUCCACCUUGCACCUCGUGCCCCACGAAGGAUGCUCGUGCAGCUCCGUGGUCCAGGCUGCGAGUUGAAAGGAGAUUUGGUGGGAUACAAUCCCUGCCAGAGAUCUGCAGCUCUCUGGGUUAAAAACAGGGCCAGGAGGCAGACGGGGGACCAACCCUAGUGCACACGGCCGGGUCUUUUUCAGUAUUAAUGGGUAAGGAAACUCGCAGGUAUCCCUUAGGGAGCAAUACCCCAGCACGCUCCAGUACGCCAGCUCCAGGCAUGACUUCUUACCGUCGUGCUACUGCCAUGUCUGGGGCUCCUAUUGCCAAAUAGUGUAUCUUUGUAAAUAAAGGGACCCUCCUUCCCCCAGCGGCGUGGCGGCCUGGUUCGGUGUUGAGUGUAUUUGCCGUGGUCUCUCUCGCGAGUGUUCCCACGGGACGGGAAACGCGGCGGGUGGCGAAUCUAUAAUAUAUGUAUAUUUUUGUAA